AUGGCUGAGGACACUCUGGAGUCUGCAGAUGAGCUGCUGGCGAAACAACAUCGCAAAGAAAAGAAAGAAUUACAAGCAAAAAUACAGAGCCUGAAAAACGCUGUCCCUAAAAAUGACAAGAAACGGAGAAAACAAAUGACUGACGAAAUAGCAACGUUGGAAGCUGAUUUAAAUAAGAAACACGAAGAAGAGCUCAAACAACUCAAUGCAGAUGGUCACAUACAAGUUGAACAGGUUACAGAUGAAGUUGAGUGUCUCACAGUGGAGAAUGAGCCGCAAGAGGACUCCAAACAACCUCGUCUCACCAAGGCCCAGAAGAGAAGAGACAAGAAAGCUGCUCAGGAGAAGGAGAGAGAAAGCAGAAUAGCAGAAGCGGAGGUGGAGAACCUGUUGGGAGAGCGGCACCAGGAAGGCUUGAAGCUCGCUCAGAAACUGGCUCAGCAGCAGCUUCAGAUCAGAGAAAUAUCCUCCGAUGGACACUGCAUGUACCGAGCCAUUGAAGAUCAGCUAUCACAAAAAUCACUAUUUGGGGGAGCCAUGACUGUGAAGGAACUGCGUUGUCAGACGGCUGGACACAUGCGAAAAAACGUGGAUGACUUCCUGCCGUUCCUCUCCAACCCUCAAACUGGUGACUUGUUCUCAACAGAUGAAUUUGAAAAAUACUGCAGUGACGUGGAGCACACAUCUGCUUGGGGAGGUCAAUUAGAGCUGCGAGCUCUGACCCACACUCUUCAGUUACCUAUUGAAGUCGUGCAGGCAGACUCUCCAACGAUAAAGAUUGGGGAGGAGUACAGCGGGGACUGUAUAACCCUUGUCUACAUGCACCAUGCUUAUGGACUGGGUGAACACUACAAUUCUGUGGAGAAGCUGAAGGAGCCUGUUGAGGACACCUGA